CGCCCUCGCAAACGACAUCUUCCACUCUCUCUCUCCUUCCCCCACAAGUAUCACCUAAUACUCCCUAAUUCCUCAUUCCUAAUUCCUCAAGAUUCCCCUCACCCUUUUUUCUCUCUCCACUCAAGAUUCUCCUUGCUACUUCCCUCCCUUACAAAUUCGAGAAUCAUGCCCUAUCCAAUUCCAAAUUAAAUUAGGUUUUCAUGUUCGCUCAUACUCACUCACUAUUAUCACUACUUUUUCUUAAAUGUUGCAUAAUCUGAAUUUUCAAAUUGAAUCUUCAAAAACAGUUAAUCGAUAAUGGCGAUCGAUGAUGAUACUGAAAGUUGUAGUAGUAAAGCGUUCGAUUUCUCGCCAAAAACGCCGAGAAAUCAUCAACAGUUAAAGCUUGAAGUCUUCAAUGACGUUCUUCAUAGGCUUCAAGAUUCUGGUUGUCAUGAUGCUAAACUUCCUGGAUUUGAUGAUCAGCUUUGGCUUCACUUUAAUCGUCUUCCUGCUAGAUAUGCGUUGGAAGUUAACGUGGAAAGAGCUGAAGAUGUUUUGACGCAUAUGAGACUUUUGCGCCAAGCUGAAGACCCUGCGAAUAUACUUGCUUAUGACGUCCGUGAUGUACAGGUGAAUCUCACUACAAAUGGACAUAAUGCUGAUUCUUUCCAUUCAUAUUCUUCAAUGGAUGAAGGUAGCCAAGGCUCGGUCAAGAACAGUGUUGGUUUGGGUCUCUCAUUGAGCUUGCACCCACCAACAUUUAGUUCAAUACCAAGUCUCGAAACUGAUGGUGUAAAACUGAAUGUUGAAGAUAGAGAUAGCUUUAUAAAUGCUACUCUUUUGCGCUCUUCAAGGGAAAUGCAUGAAAUCACCUUUUCGACUGUUGACAAGCCAAAACUCCUUAACCAGCUGACUUCCCUGCUGUCUGAUAUGAGUCUUAACAUUCAAGAGGCUCAUGCCUUUUCCACGGUUGAUGGCUUCUCUUUAGAUGUUUUUGUUAUUGAUGGUUGGCCUCAUGAGGAAACAGAGCAGCUUAGAAGUUUAUUGGGAAUUACUAUUCAAGAUAUGAAGGGACCACAAUCGCAAGCAAAUCAACAAGCAGCUGCUGGUGAGGAUCAUGAUGAAGAAGCUAACCACUUUCAUAGUAAUGUGAAGAACAUCAGAAGCAAAACUUCUGAAGUUGAAAUUGAUGAGAGCCUUCUUAAAGUAGGACACAAGGUGGCAUCUGGCUCACAUGGCGAUCUGUACAAAGGAACAUACUGUGAUCAUGAAGUCGCAAUCAAGGUCCUGAAGUCUGCGCAUGCGAAUUCGGAUGUGGUUAAAGAUUUUUUCCAGGAAAUUAAAAUCAUGAGGAAACUUCAACACAAGAAUGUGGUGCAAUUUAUGGGUGCAUGUACAAAACCUCCGAAACUUUUUCUUGUGACUGAGUUCAUGCCGAAAGGAAAUCUGUAUGAUUUCAUGCAUAAGAGAAAGGGUGUGUUCAAAAUACAGUCACUACUACGAGCAGCAAUUGAUGUUUCCAUGGGCAUGGAGUAUCUUCACCAAAAUAAUAUUGUGCACAGGGACCUUAAAACAGCCAAUCUGCUUAUGGGUGAAGAUGGAGUUGUAAAGGUCGCUGACUUUGGAGUUGCUAAAGUACAGACACAAUCAGGAAUCAUGACAGCUGAAACAGGAACCUAUAGGUGGAUGGCCCCCGAGGUCAUUGGGCAUAAAUCUUAUGAUCACAAAGCGGAUGUCUUUAGUUUUGGCAUUGUGCUGUGGGAGCUUCUUACUGGCGAACUUCCAUACUCCUCCAUGACCCCAUUGCAAGCUGCAAUCGGAGUAGUCCAAAAGGGACUUCGACCUCCUAUCCCUAAACGCACUCAUUCAAAGCUAGCCGAUCUGCUGGUGAGCUGUUGGCACCAGGAUCCCACUCAAAGGCCCAAUUUUUCAGAGGUCAUUCAGAUCCUGCAGCAAAUAGCUAACGAGGUUGUAGAGGUCGAUAAUUGCCAAGGCGUAUCUCCUGGCGAUCAAGUGCUCGUCAGUAAUAAUGGAGGCAUUUUCCAUUAGAUUGUGUAAUAUAUGUCUAACCAAUUAAGUAUACAUUGAAGGUUGCUCUAACGGCUUUGCUUUGCCAUAGUCUAAUAAUAUUAUCUCAAGCGAGAGUGUAGAAAUGUCUAAUGAUCCGUUUGUUAUCCUAUAUUAAUCCCAAAUGUGUGAAUAUACGUUCAUCUUUGCCAUCGGAGGUCUCUUCUGGCUUUUGUUUAUGUAUACAUCGAGCCUUUCAUUCGAAGAGAUACUUGAUGAGGAACUGGUUUGUUUUAAGGAAUUUUUGACUUAAUUUAUUACAUAAGCUUCUCUUUGUAAAAUGUACAUAAUAUAUCAUAACGAAUUUGUUUGAUAUUUGGACGAGAUACUUUGCUGGAGCAUGGUGAUCGACACCAAUUUUUCA